CGGACGCCUGGGUCCAUGCUCCGGAGUGCGAGGGGGCUGCCUGCGCAGGGGACACCAUGCCGGCGCCGUACACGCGGAUCGUGGGCUUAGGAGCUUGCUCCCUCAGGAGCUGGGCUGCUGUCCCGGUGCGCUGGGCUCACGCCCCACGGGUUCUACACGGAGACCUCGGCAAACUUUCAGGGCGGGUGCAGGAAUUCGUGGAGCAUGGGGUGCGGCUCUGCCAGCCAGACAACAUCCACAUCUGCGAUGGGACCGAGAAGGAGAACGGCAAAAUCUUGAACUUCCUGGAGUCGGAAGGACUCAUCAAGCCUCUUACCAAAUAUGAAAACUGCUGGCUAGCCAAGACCGACCCCAAGGACGUGGCCCGCGUGGAGAGCCGGACAGUCAUUGUGACCGAGAACCAGAGAGACACAGUGCCCAUCCCAGCUGCCGGGGUCAAAGGGCAACUGGGCAACUGGAUGAACCCAAAAUCAUUCCAGGAGGCAGUGGAUGACCGGUUUCCGGGUUGUAUGAAAGGUCGCACCAUGUACGUCAUCCCUUACAGCAUGGGGCCCAUCGGCUCGCCCCUCUCCAAGAUCGGCAUCCAGCUCACCGACUCGGCCUACGUGGUCGCCAGCAUGCGGAUCAUGACCCGAAUGGGCACCGCCGCCCUCCGCGCCUUGGGGGAUGGCGAAUUCGUCAAGUGCUUGCAUUCCGUCGGGCGUCCCCUACCCCUGAGUGAUGAGCUGGUAAACAACUGGCCCUGUAACCCCGAGAAGACCUUAAUUGCGCACGUCCCUCAACGCCGAGAGAUCGUCUCCUUCGGCAGCGGCUACGGGGGCAACUCCCUCCUGGGCAAAAAAUGCUUCGCCCUGCGUAUCGCUUCGUGCAUUGCCAAAGACGAGGGCUGGCUAGCCGAACAUAUGCUGAUCCUGGGACUCACGAACCCUGAGGGGAAAAAGAAAUAUGUGGCCGCCGCCUUUCCCAGUGCAUGCGGGAAGACCAACUUGGCCAUGAUGAACCCCACGCUGCCGGGCUGGAGGGUGGAAUGCGUUGGGGACGACAUUGCCUGGAUGAAGUUUGACAGCGAAGGCUGCCUGCGUGCCAUCAACCCCGAGAACGGCUUCUUUGGGGUGGCCCCGGGUACGUCCACCAAAACCAACCCCAACGCCAUGCACACCAUCCAGCGGAACACCAUCUUCACCAACGUCGCCGAGACCAGCGAAGGGGGAGUCUACUGGGAGGGCAUUGACCAAAUGAUCCCGGCCGGAGUGACCAUCAGCACUUGGCAGGGCAAGCCCUGGAAACCAGGUGACACGACAGCUGCUGCUCACCCCAACUCCCGCUUUUGUGCCCCGGCGCGCCAGUGCCCCAUUAUGGACCCGGAUUGGGAAUCCCCUGAGGGCGUCCCUAUUGAUGCCAUCAUCUUCGGGGGCAGGAGACCCGCAGGCGUCCCCUUGGUGUACGAGGCCUUCAACUGGCGCCAUGGAGUCUUUGUGGGCAGUGCCAUGAGAUCAGAGUCCACAGCAGCAGCAGAACACAAAGGUAAGGCCAUUAUGCAUGACCCCUUUGCCAUGCGCCCCUUCUUCGGUUACAACUUUGGCCGCUACCUGGAGCACUGGUUGAGCAUGGAAGGGCGCAAGGGCGCCCGUCUUCCCAAAAUCUUCCAUGUCAACUGGUUCCGGAAGGAUGCCGCCGGGAAUUUCUUGUGGCCAGGCUUUGGAGAGAACUCUCGGGUCCUUGACUGGAUCUUCCGCCGGGUCGAUGGGGAAGCAAGCGCCAAGGAGACGCCCAUUGGGUACAUCCCGCAAGAUGGCGCCUUAGACCUGACAAGCCUAAACAAGGUGAACUAUCAGGAGCUUUUCUCAUUGCCCAAAGAGUUCUGGCAACAAGAAGUCAGAGAAGUGAGGCAGUACCUAACAGAACAAGUGCCCGAAGACCUGCCCAAGGAAGUCAUGAAGGAACUGGAGGCUUUGGAGGACCGGGUCAAGAAGAUGUGAGGGACCUGAAAAGAAAAGAACCAAAGACACGUCCUCUGUGUCUCCUGUGGGGAGAGGGAGGAGAUAGCAGGGAGCUUGUUUACAGAAUUUCCCUUUCCCACUUCUUACCAGCUAAACCUCUCUGGCCAUCGAGAAUCAGCUAUCUUGCUUCCAUGGUCAUGAGGCGGCCAUCUUACUUCUUAGGCAACAUGAGCUGUACCUAUUUUCUUUAUGUGAGUCAGUUUUCUUGAUACAUCUGCUUUCCUUCCUUUCUUCUGUGCCACUAUCAUUCCUUGGUUGUAGGGAAACAGGGCAGAAGGGAUCUGCCGUCUUGUUCUGUCAUGUGCGUCUCGGUUCUCUUCUGAGACUUCUUUUCACGUCUGUAUGUCUUCCUUGUCACUGAGUCGUUUUUUGACCUGUCACAGACUGCCUUUUCUUUCUGGUGAAAGACUACUUUGGGGGGGGGGGAGUUUCUGGGGAGAAAUUGGAAAGCUUUUGUGGAAAGGGGCACCUCAAGUUAGCUUGGUGUGCGCCCCCAAAUCCCAACUUGUCAUCUUGAAUGCCUGUUAGACCUUUCACAUCUUGGGGACAUGAAUGGAGAACCAGUGAAUAGUUAGCUGUGAUACCAACAGCAAUGGAAGUUCUACCAUCAAUAGGUCUCAGAAUCAGGUGUCCGUUCCUUAGAUGAAUCUCAGAGCCAGCCUUCUGAUAAAGUAACUCAAAUCUGACUGAACACCAGGUCCUAAUCCAUCACUUCUAGGCCUGUUGCUCAUACAUAUCUGCAUACUUUCUCCCCCUAUUUCUUUUGAAUAUGUGAUGUACAUCCCCAGCCCUGACGGAGAUGUAUGAAGUUUCACUGUGCUGAAUCAGACCAUUAGUCCAUCUAGUCCAGCAUUAUAUACUCUUGGGAGCUUUGGUGUGCAAAGUUUUUGCUCUACUGUUGAGCUACGUCCCAUAACGUCCCAAACUAAUUGCUGCUCUGAUGCUAUAUUUACCAAAUGUGUACUUCAUGAAAUCUGCCUAACCUAGUGUGAUGAGAAAAGUACUGCCUCCAAGCCAUCAAGCUUUUACUAACUAAACACGGAGCACUGAACACCGUCUCUCAGCGUUCUCUGGCUGACAGUUUUCCUCCUGAAGUUAGAAUGUUUGUGAACAUUCCGUGACUUGAUGGCUACUCAAUCCAAUGCUGAUUAUUAAGCCUCAUAAGCGUUAUUACUAAUAUCUACACCAGCCUUCCCCAACCUAGUGCUUUCCAGAUGUGUUGGGUUGCAACUCCUACAAUCCCAUUGGCCAUGUUGGCUGGGGACUGAUGGGAGUUGUAGUCCAAUAGAUCUGGAGGGUGCUGGGGUGGGAGUGAAGGUUGGUCUAGACUCUAGCAUCAGCUCCAUACAGCCGUAACCCCUUAGACAGAAUGGAACUAUCUAGUUUCAUAUUUUCCUGUUUCAAAGAGUCCUGUUGUCAAAUCUUGUCAAACAGACGUAGAACAAUUAACAACUCUGUCAAAUUUUAAUUAACUCAAACUCAAGCAAGAGAGUAGUGUGGGGACAAGAGCAUUGGGUCAAUCCUGAAUCAUGGCUCUAGCAUGAAUCAUACUUCUAGCAUGGCCUUGGACAACACCACUCUCAGUCUCUCCUCCCUUACAGGGUUGUUGUAAGGACAAAUGAGAUAAAGACAAGAAUUAUUCUUUACCAAAACAUGUUAUUGAAACAAAUCUUACUGCCUGUCCUUACUGUGUUAUAUUUGGACAGAAUUUUGCUUCCUCUUCACUUUAAUUCCAUCAUCAAUCUUUGGCUAGGCCACUGUUUACCUAACUGAGGGCCAUCUAUAACUUUAAUCCGCUCAUUCUUAACAUUCCAUUGCUAACCAUUUCCUUCAAGCACUUAGAAUGUCAGUGAACAUUUUGUGACAUCACAGCAGUGCAGCCAAUAGCCAGAGAGGGUGGCAAAUAAUAGGCAGUUUUUAGCCUACUCCACAUAUUAGGGUGCCCAGCAAGAGGGCCGAGUUAUACAAUGUGCCUUCUUAUCACUCACCAAAUAGCUAUGCGAGUCUGUUACAGUUUGCUGGUAAAGAAUACCACCAAGUGAUCAGAUGUGGUGUCUUCUUUACUGGUGUUCGCCAUUAUAAUCUCAAUUUCCCCCUGUCUUUAUGUUCCUAUACGUGGACCCUAUUUGGUGCGGUUAUCCUCAGCCAUCUGCUGCUUUAAGCUCAAGUGUGAAUACAAUUUGCCCACAUUUCAAUUAAUUAAUAUAUGCAAAUGAUUAAUGGGCUUGUACUUUUCUUCCUUUCUACCCUUGGAGAAAGUGCCAAUCCUUCAGGGUGAGAAAAGACUUGAGAGGGAAGCAGAGCAGGGACUGUCAGUGGCAGGAACAAUUCAAUGUACGGUCAAUGUACUUCUACGAUUACACUUUUAGUGGUGGAAUUUCAAUCAGAAAUUAAGCAGCAGCUGGAAAGAAACCUAGAGUGUGAGCUUGGUAUUCGACUGCAAUUUAAUUGUGUGUUUUAUAAAAAAUAAAAAAUAAUAAUAAUAAAAAUGCAUACUAUUUUAUUAAUAACGGAUCAUGAAUGAGAAUAGAAAUAUCAAGAAAUAAAAGGAUCUGAGUGUUCUAAACCAA